ACCUGCACACGCGUGCUGGGUAUUGUAAUGCCAGCUGUUCUUUACAUUUGCACGCUUACAUUAACUGGGCUUUCUUGGUAGCAGACGUCUUUUAAAUGUUUUUUUCUAACAAUACAGUAGGACAUGGUGUGCUAGAGGAUGGCAAAGCCUAAAACAGCUCACCACACAGAAAGAAGUAAAUGUGAAGUGAAGCCCUGCGAUGGGAGAGCACAAUGGAACAGGAAAAUGCAGCCUCAGUGACGCGUUUUUGCUCUGUAGUCUCCCAGGGAUCUCUGUUUUGCAGCGCUCCACGAUUUGCAUUUUUCUCUACACCAGCCCUUCCAAGCGACUUUCCAAACAACCAAAAGCAGCUCCAACCUCGCUAAUUUCACCCUGUUGUCUAGAAACACAAAUAUACGCAGAAUUUGAACUGGAAAAACAUUUAAUAAUGCGCGUGUUCUAAAAGGUAAUUGAAUUCUGUGACAUUCGUACCGACCACUGUGAUCUUUUUAGAAAAAAAGAAAAGACUGCAGCUGUAGUUUGUAGGUUGUUUUCACACGAGCUUUGGUUAAAUAUUAAUUGCUGAUUUGAAAAAAAAAAAAAAAGGAAAAAUAUAAACAUGUCCCAAGUGUUGCCUUACAACGAGGAGAAAAUGACUCGCUAUGGCGAUGACGGCGAGGUUGGACAGCUCUCCUUCACCUGUCGUCACCAAGAUACCAACAACUUCUUUGCAUCAGGACAAAACAAAAGACCCCCGAAACUUGGGCAGAUUGGACGAAGCAAAAGAGUUGUCAUUGAAGAUGACAGAAUUGAUGAUGUGCUGAAAAAUAUGACAGAAAAGGCACCUCCGGGGGUCUAAAGAACCCAAAGACAAUGGCGAAGGAAUGAUUCCAAUGUAUCACCUUUUUGGCAAAAGCUCUUUGAAAUCCUUCACACACGGGCCGUGACGAUCCCCACUGCAAGCGGCUACAGUGUCCAAUUUCAGGCUUGCGAACAGCAAAGUCGAGGCAAGAAGGAAGUUGAUGAGGAAGCUUUUAAUGACGUGAAUUAAAAAGCGUAUUGAUUAUUCAGCCCCAUGUAAAAUGUUUAAUAACAAGGAUAUAUACUACCAUACACAGAAGCAGUAUUGUACAUUUAUAUCUGGAAUAAACGAGAAGAAUCGACGCAGCUAAGCACAGUGAAGUAUGUAUCGCGAUCGGUUUAAUUCUGUUGCUGUACUUUCUGGCUGUAGUUCUGAAUGAGCACUUUUUUACAAUAUUGCAAAAUGAUUUUGUGCAAAUUGGAUGUAAAACGCUAUUAAGUUUAAUGUCAUUGCUGUAUAUAGAAAACACACACACAUAUAUAUAUAUAUAUAUAUAUACACACGUUAUUAUUAUUAUUAUUAUUAUUAUUAUUAUUAUUAUUAUUAUUAUUAUUAUUAUUAUUAUUAUUAUUGAUACAUUUUUGCAGUGUUACAGGACUGAACAAUGAGUUUUAUAUGGAAUGACAAAUUGAAGGUAUUAUCUUUUUAAAAUUAUAAAUCAAUGUUGCUUGAUUUCUCUGUUGCUACAAGCAGCCUGCUCAAUUUACAGUAAAAAAAGCUAAUUUUAUAUUAGAAGCUAUUUAUAUAUAUAUUAAAACAAAUUAACAUGUUACCUAUAGUGCGGUUCUCAAAUGUUUUGUUAAUGUGGUAGUUAUUAUACUUUAUAAUUAUAUAUAUAUAUAUAUAUAUAUAUAUAUAUAUAUAUAUAUAUAUAUAUAUAUAUAUAUAUAGUACAGAGCAUUAUCACACCAGUGCCAAAUAUAUUUGAAGAUGCCAGACAAGCUGGUAGUCUGUUCUCUCAGUGUAUGUUUUGGCUCCACCAUUUCUAUGUUCUAGGGCUCUUUCUUAAUGGUACAAUACCUGCUCUUGCAUGAGAUGUGCACAAAUGCCUCCUUCUUGAGGAAUCUGUAUAAUAAUAUACAUCUUGUUUGCAACUUUGAAUGACAGAUUUAAGAAUGUUCUUAUUUGAAUAUGCUAUAUGUUGCAUCUCUACACUAUAUCCACUUGAACAGGGCUAUUUCUGUAAUGUAUAAUAAAACAGAAAACCUUC